AUAAAAACUACCUUCUCCUCUCCGCAAAUUCUUCUCAAACGCAAGCCCUUCUUUCUCUCCGUUACUCAACGAGGACAUGCCAAAACGACCCUGCAGCGAGCUUGAAGAAAGCUUCAACCAAGAGUUUUUUCAUGUCAACGGAGAAGCUCAUUAAGGACAGCUUGCGGUCUGAGGAUGAUAAAAUGCAACCAAGGGCUGUGUCACGCAACAGUUCAUCAAUACAUGGCACAGAAAAUGAAUGGAUUUUCUCAGAGUUGCCGAAGAUGACGAUAGUUUCGGUUUCGAGACCUGACACAAGUGAUUUUAGUCCCAUGCUUUUUUCGUACACCAUUGAGUUACAGUACAAACAGUUCAAGUGGCAUUUGACGAAAAAAGCUUCACAAGUUCUCUAUCUGCAUUUUGCUGUGAAGAAACGUGCAAUUAUUGAUGAACUUCAUGAGAAACAAGAGCAGGUUAAAGAAUGGCUUCAAAGCUUAGGAAUAGUUGACCAUGUAGCAGUUGUUCAAGAUGCUGAUGAACCUGAUGAUGGAGCUGUGCCUGUACAUCAAAGUGAAAGUGUUAAAAAUAGAUAUGUGCCUUCUAGUGCUGCUUUGUCAAUUCUUCGCCCAUCAUUGGGACGACAACCUACAAUUUCAGAGAAAGCAAAGGUGGCAAUGCAAGGUUAUCUAAAUCACUUCCUAGGAAACAUGGAUAUUGUAAAUUCAAGAGAGGUAUGCAAAUUCUUGGAGGUUUCGAGGUUGUCUUUUGCACAAGAAUAUGGUCCAAAGUUGAAAGAGGGCUAUGUUAUGGUAAAGCAUUUAUCAAAAAUCUCCAGGGAUGAUACUGGUCCAAAAUGCCUUCCAGGCUGUUGCUUUGGUUGUAACAACACUUGGCAUAAGGUUUGGGCUGUUCUGAAACCUGGUUUCUUGGCCUUUUUGGAAGAGCCUUUAAGCACCAAACUCUUAGACAUUAUUGUUUUUGAUGUUCUACCAACUACUAUAGGCAGUGGAGAGUCAGGGGUAUAUCUAGCAAAGCAAAUAAAAGAAUCUAAUCCUCUGUGCUAUGCAUUUAAGGUUUUUUGUGGAAAUCGGACGAUAGACUUGAGGACUUCGAGUAAUGGUAAGGUUAAAGAUUGGAUUACUGCAAUCAAUGAUGUUGGCUUAAGACCUCAUGAGGGUUGGUGUCGCCCUCACCGCUUUGGUUCCUUUGCUCCUCCAAGGGGCUUGACAGAAGAUGGUAGUCAAGCUCAGUGGUUUAUAGAUGGUCAAGCAGCUUUUGAAGCAAUUGCUUCUGCGAUCCAGGAUGCGAAAUCAGAGAUCUUCAUUACUGGCUGGUGGCUUUGCCCUGAGCUGUAUAUGAGACGCCCUUUUCACAAGCAUUCUUCCUCCCGACUAGAUGCACUGAUAGAAGCAAAAGCCAAACAAGGUGUUCAGAUAUACAUACUUCUGUAUAAGGAGGUUUCUAUUGCUUUAAAAAUUAACAGUAUGUACAGUAAGAAAAAGCUUCGUGAAAUUCAUGACAAUGUCAAAGUACUACGGUAUCCUGACCAUUUAUCAACCGGUGUUUAUUUAUGGUCACACCAUGAAAAACUUGUCAUCAUUGAUUACCGCAUUUGCUUCAUUGGUGGACUAGACUUAUGUUUCGGUCGUUUUGAUACACCAGAACACAGAGUGGGGGACUGCCCUCCUUUCAUGUGGCCAGGAAAGGAUUAUUACAAUCCAAGAGAGUUUGAACCAAAUUCUUGGGAGGAUACAAUGAAAGAUGAACUUGAUCGCACAAUAUAUCCUCGUAUGCCAUGGCAUGAUGUUCAUUGUGCUCUUUGGGGGCCACCUUGUCGAGAUAUUGCGAGGCAUUUUGUUCAACGAUGGAACCAUGCUAAGAGAAACAAAGCUCCACAUGAACCAGCAAUUCCACUUCUCAUUCCUCACCACCAUAUGGUUCUCCCUCACUACUUGGGAAGUCGUGAGAUAGACAUUGAAAGCAAGAGCUUAGAUAAAAAUCACAAAGAUUUAACCAGACAAGAUUCAUUUUCCUGGCAAUCACCAUUGGAAGAUAUCCCUUUGCUUUUGCCUCAGGAAGGUGAUAAAAUAGUUAUUUCCUCCACCAUGGACCAUAAGCUAAAUGGCCUACAUUCCAAUCAGAAUGAUAAGUCAUUUGAGAUCAUUAAGCGUUGUAUGUUGCCUUCCCAGAAGUACAAAGUUGAAGCUUUCUCUCCAGAUAUGCAGAUUGUAGGUAUUCCAGAUGAUCUUGUUGUACUAGAGCUUUGUUCUAAAGUAUCAGAUGAGUGGGGGGAAAUUCCUGAGGAAGGUAAUCAGGAUAUUUUUGUUGGUGAAAAUGAACCAAUUGGUCCACGGAUUGCAUGUCGUUGUCAGAUUAUCAGAAGUGUCAGCCAGUGGUCUGCAGGAACAAGUCAAACUGAAGAAAGCAUUCAUAAUGCUUAUUGUUCUCUUAUUGAGAAUGCACAACAUUUCAUUUAUAUUGAGAACCAAUUUUUCAUUUCAGGUCUUUCAGGAGACGAAGUUAUACAAAACCGUGUUCUAGAAGCAUUAUACACGCGUAUUUUAAAAGCAUAUCAGGAACAAAAAUGUUUCAGAGUCAUUGUUGUCAUACCGCUUGUUCCAGGUUUCCAGGGAGGUAUUGAUGAUGGUGGUGCAGCAACUGUUAGAGCCCUUAUGCAUUGGCAAUACCGAACCAUUUCCAGGGAGAAGACUUCAAUAUUGCAUAACCUCAACAUGCUGCUUGGACCCAAGACACAUGACUACAUUACCUUUUAUGGUUUGAGAUCAUAUGGCAAACUUUGUGAUGAUGGGCCAGUGGCCACGAGUCAGGUGUAUGUGCAUAGCAAACUGAUGAUAAUAGAUGACCGUGUUGCCUUGAUUGGAUCAUCCAAUGUUAAUGAUAGGAGUUUGCUUGGAUCAAGAGACUCUGAGAUUGCAGUACUCAUUGAAGAUAAAGAAUUUCUUGAAUCAUCUAUGAACGGAGAGCCAUGGAAGGCAGGAAAAUUUUCGUAUACUCUCCGGUGCUCCCUGUGGUGCGAACACCUUGGUCUUCCUGCAGGAGAGGUUAGGCAUGAUCAGACUUCACACUCCAACAAUCAUACCAGCCAAAUAAGUGAUCCUGUAGCAAACCGAGCAUACAGAGACUUAUGGGUAGCAACCGCAAAGGAAAACACCAGGAUUUACCAAGAUGUCUUUGAUUGCAUCCCCAAUGAACUUAUACAUUCAAGGGCUGCUCUCAGACAAAGCAUGAGCCAGAGAAAGGAGAAACUGGGCCACACCACAAUAGAUUUAGGAAUAGCACCUGAAAAGCUAGAGAUAUACCAGAAUGGGGAAAUCAACUUGGUGGAUCCAAUGGAAAGACUGAAGUCUGUGAGGGGACAUCUCGUUUCUUUUCCCUUAGAGUUCAUGUGUCAAGAAGAUUUACGACCAUUUUUCAUUGAGAGUGAGUUCUAUGCAUCUCCUCAAGUAUUUCACUGAGUGCAGUUGCAGCUGUAGAUAAACUAAUAAAUUGUUAAAUGCCACAUUGGCCUUGAUAUAUGUUUUGUACAAAAAUGAAAUUGUAAAUUUUUUUUUUUUUUUUUCGGUUUAGUAGUAAAUUCUUUCUUCUCAGUGAAUGCAUGCUAAUAGUUCUGAUUGUAUA